UCAGUUUCACUCGGUCAUCGGAAGAGCUAGGACUUGCCCAAGCUUAGGAGACGAACAACGUUGCGUUAUUUACAAUCGAAAAAAUUUCAACUGGAAAAGAGAAAAACUCACUGCGUGUGUGUGUAUCACUAUUUCCAGAAGACAGCCAAUAGCGGUUUGUUCUAUUGUAAAGAACCCAAAGCGUGCAGAAGUUUCCACGAGGGAGCGUAAAGCGAAUCGUUUCAAGACAGAGCUAGGAAUAAGUCCCUCUGGGUGGAAAGGAAAAGUUAAUUUUGGAAUAAUCUGCCUGGCACACGGGUGCGGUGUUCUGGAAGGUGAAAAAGUGGUGACAAAAGAAGAAAAAACAUUUUGAUAACUGAGAAAACUUUUAUUCAAGUAAGGUUGAAACACUGCAAGUGAAGCUCAUAUUGUUAACUGAUUGAUCGAGAACUGUCCAUACACAUAUCGGAGUGCGAAGAAGAGAAAGAGUCGGAAAGUGCCGAUAGUGGUUCUUAUAGAAGAAGUUUGGUUUGCUGAUUUUUUUUUUUCGUUUUUAUAGCUAAAGUUAUUUUUACUAAACAAUCUCAACCUAGUGAUCCCAGUUACUAGUGAUUUAUAUAAAUACCGUAUUUAGUUAAAAAGCCUAUUUAAAAAAAGUAAUCAUCAUACAACAGCUAACCAGAUAAACCAAGGGUAAUUUGAACCGCUGUCUUCCGCUAUACCAAGAAAACUGAUUAAAUAACAUUUUUGAAUAUUAUAUCUCCUACGAAGUGACCGAGUGUUUGGGAACAUUUAUCAAAGACCGUAGCAGAGUGAAGAAAUUAAUUCGGUGAAGUAAUUUCUCAAGUGAAUAUCAAAGCAAUCCUUCUUAUUUGCCAGUGAUUGAAGAACAAGGCCAGAAGAAAUCCGGAAAGUACUGCGUUUCGCUUUCUAUCGGUGCGAAUAGAAUGGCCCCACCCAACAAUGAACUAUCCUCUGAAGUGAUUGUGCCACGUGAAGUAAUCCGGCAGGAUGAAGUUCGCGAACAACAACAACAACCAACAAAACCGACUAUGGACUGGGAAGCACCAGCAGCACAAGGUCUUUAUGAUCCACAAAACGAGCAUGAAGCCUGUGGCGUUGGUUUCAUCGUUUCGAUCGAGGGAAAAGCUAACCAUAAGAUCUUGCGCGAUGCCCAAACGCUGUCGAUUCGUAUGAACCAUCGCGGUGCGUGCGCCUGUGAUAAUGAUACCGGUGACGGUGCCGGCGUGUGCACCUCGAUUCCGCACAACCUGUACGACAAGGAUCUAGCAUCCCGUGGUAUACAGUUACCGGAACUGGGUCGUUAUGCCACUGGUAUUUUCUACCUGGAUAAGAAUACCCACGAAGAGGCCAAAAAGGACUUCAACUCGUUGGCGGAGAGCCUCGGAAUACGGGUGAUCUGCUGGCGUGAUGUUCCGACUAACCAGGAAGCGGUCGGUGCGGUGGCCCGCAAGAGCGAGCCAAUGUCGCAGCAGGUCUUCGUUACGGCCGAUGUCGAUGAGGAAACCUUCAAGCGACACGUUUUCGUCCUGCGCAAGCGUGCCACCCAUGAGCUGGUCCGCCCAGGACGGCGAUUCUACAUCUGUUCGCUUUCAACCAAGACCAUCGUCUACAAGGGUCUAUUCACUUCGGACCAACUUUGGGAGUAUUAUGUUGAUCUCUUGAACCCAGAUUUUAUGACCUAUUUGGCGUUGGUGCAUACUCGCUUCAGCACCAACACCUUCCCAUCGUGGGAACGUGCCCAUCCGUUGCGUGUCCUGGCACAUAACGGGGAGAUCAAUACCCUUCGCGGUAACGUCAAUUUCAUGAAGGCACGUGAAGGCGUCAUGAAGAGCGAGCAGUUCGGAGAUGAUUUGAAGAAGCUGUACCCGGUGGUAGAACCAAAUCUGUCCGAUUCGGGGUCAUGCGAUUGUGUGCUGGAGUUUUUGACUCAAGUGGGCAACCGUUCGCUUCCGGAGGCCGUCAUGACUAUGGUUCCGGAAGCGUGGCAAAACGAUCGCACCAUGUCGCAGGAGAAACGCGACUUUUACCACUGGUCCGCCUGUAUCAUGGAACCCUGGGAUGGACCGGCACUGAUUUCCUUCACCGACGGACGCUACAUCGGAGCGAUUCUCGAUCGAAACGGGCUUCGUCCGUCCCGAUUCUACGUGACGCGUGACAACCUGCUGAUCAUGGCAUCGGAAGUUGGUGUAUAUGACGUAGAUCCUAAAGACGUCACGCUCAAGAGUCGUCUCAAGCCAGGCCGUAUGCUUUUGGUGGACACGGAGAAGAAAGCGCUAAUUCAGGACGUCGAAUUAAAGUCGCAGAUUGCCAUCUCUCGUCCACACUCGGAAUGGCUACAGCAGCAGAUAACUAUGGAUGAAAUCCGUCAAGCCGCUGAGGAUCGAAACCAUUGCACCGAUUUGAGUGGCUAUCGUCCCCCGGAGGAAGAGCGUGGUAUGAUGGAUCCGCGACUACAGUUGUACGCCUACACCACUGAAACCAUCCACAUGCUGCUACUUCCUAUGAUCAAAGACAAGAAGGAAGCCCUCGGAUCGAUGGGUAACGAUGCUCCACUAGCCUGUCUUUCUGCAUUCCAACCAUUGCCAUAUGACUACUUCAAGCAACUAUUCGCCCAGGUUACCAACCCACCGAUUGACCCAUUCCGUGAAAAGAUCAUCAUGUCUCUGCAGUGCCCAGUUGGACCGGAAGCUAACCUAUUGUGUGCAACGCCAUCGCAGGUUCAUCGAAUCUGGCUGGAUAACCCGAUCCUAAGCAUCCCGGACGCAGAAAUUCUCAAGCGGAAUGAGCACCGCGGAUGGAAGACCAGGGUGAUCGAUAUCACAUUCCCAGCCAAAGAAGGACCCGAUGGCUAUCUCACGGCUCUACGCCGUGUGUGUAUGGAAGCGCAUAAUGCCGCCAAGGGAGACUAUCAGUUGAUAAUGCUGUCUGAUCGUGCUUCCAGUAAAGAUCGAGCGCCAGUUUCGGCCCUGCUCGCCCUGGGUGCAGUGCAUCAUCAUCUAAUCGAAGGACGUCUACGCAUGAAGGUCGGUCUUUUAGUCGAAACGGGAGAAGCACGUGAAGUUCACCAGAUGUGUGUACUUUUGGGAUAUGGUGCCGAUGCCAUCUGCCCCUAUCUGGUAUUCGAACUGGCGGAAGCGUUGCGUGACGAAACUGUUAUCGACCCGUCGCUGACAAACGAAACUAUCUACAAAUCAUACGCACAAGCCGUUGAAACGGGCAUCCUGAAAGUUAUGGCCAAAAUGGGUAUCUCGACCCUUCAAUCCUACAAAGGUGCGCAGAUUUUUGAGGCCGUCGGAAUGGGAUCCGAUGUGAUUGAUUUCUGCUUCCGAGGUACUCAGUCUCGCAUUGGGGGCGUCAGUUUGGAAGUUCUUGCCCAGGAAGGCCUUCAACGACAUGAACUGAUCUACGGUAAGCAUAGUGUUGAUAUGAAAAUCCUUCGAAAUCCCGGUCAAUACCACUGGAGAGCUGGCGGUGAAGGCCACCUUAACGAGCCGGCUGCAAUUGCCGCUCUUCAGGAAGCCUCUAUAAAUGAAAAUAAGGGAGCCUAUGCCCGCUUCCGUGAUACAACGAUGCAAAGCGUUCAGCUGUGUGCUUUGCGUGGUCAACUAGAAUUGAUCAAAGGUCGUCCCAAAAUUGACAUAUCUGAGGUCGAGUCAGCCAGCGAAAUUGUCAAACGGUUCGUCACCGGGGCUAUGAGCUUUGGCAGUAUUUCGCUCGAAGCACAUUCUACCCUUGCCAUUUCCAUGAACCGCAUCGGUGGCAAGAGUAACACCGGUGAGGGAGGUGAAGAUGCCGAUAGAUAUCUGCACCAAGAUCCCAAAAACAGUCAACGAUCCGCCAUCAAGCAGGUUGCAUCCGGUCGUUUCGGUGUAACUGCCGCUUACGUUGCCAACGCGGACGAUCUGCAGAUCAAAAUGGCUCAAGGAGCUAAGCCUGGAGAGGGAGGUGAACUGCCUGGCUACAAGGUUACAGCGGAUAUUGCCAAAACGCGUCAUUCGGUGGCCGGCGUGGGACUGAUUUCGCCUCCACCGCAUCACGAUAUCUAUUCCAUUGAAGAUUUAGCUGAACUGAUCUAUGAUUUGAAGUGUGCCAACCCGAAAGCUCGCAUCAGCGUAAAGCUGGUAUCGGAGGUUGGAGUGGGCGUUGUGGCAUCUGGCGUUGCGAAGGGUAAGGCUGAGCAUAUUGUCAUUUCUGGCCACGACGGCGGCACUGGUGCUAGCUCGUGGACUGGCAUCAAGUCAGCAGGUUUGCCGUGGGAGUUGGGUAUUGCUGAAACCCAUCAAGUGUUGGUGAUGAACGAUUUGAGGUCUAGAGUGGUUGUCCAAGCCGACGGUCAACUCCGCACUGGAUUCGAUGUCGUAGUGGCCGCGCUUCUCGGUGCCGACGAGUUUGGUUUCAGUACUGCUCCACUCAUCGUUAUGGGAUGUACCAUGAUGCGCAAGUGUCAUUUGAAUACCUGCCCAGUCGGUAUUGCCACCCAGGAUCCGAUACUCCGAGCCAAGUUUGCUGGCAAACCGGAGCAUGUAGUCAACUAUUUCUUCAUGCUAGCAGAAGACAUCCGCGAGAUUAUGGCUAGCUUGGGGCUCCGAAAGUUCCAGGAACUGAUUGGUCGCACCGAUUUGUUGCAAGUGCGCGAGGACUUGACGAACAAAGCCGCUCUGUUGGACUUGCAAAUGCUGCUGAAGAGCGCCUUGGAUCUUCGACCGGGAACUAACAUCGUCGGGGGCUCGCUGAAGCAAGACUUCGCUUUGGAGAAGCGUGUCGAUAAUAUACUGAUUGAAAAGUGCCGCGGAGUGAUCGAGGGAACCGAACAGUCGAUCACUCUAAACAUGGACAUUAAGAACGAAGAACGAGCUUUCACCAGUACUCUGAGCUAUGAAAUAGCCAUUAGGUAUGGAGAUGAUGGUCUACCGAAUGACCGGUCCAUUUACAUUAAUCUGAAAGGUUCUGCUGGGCAAAGCUUCGGUGCCUUCUUGGUCAAGGGCGUCAAUCUCUAUUUGAUCGGCGAUGCUAACGAUUAUGUUGGCAAGAGUUUGUCCGGUGGCAGCAUCAUUAUUCGGCCACCACAUGAAUCGAAUUUUGAAUCACACUUGAACGUUAUCGUCGGAAAUGUGUGUCUGUAUGGUGCUACAUCUGGUAAGGCGUUCUUCCGAGGUAUUGCUGCCGAGCGGUUUUGCGUGCGCAAUUCUGGAGCUACGGCUGUCGUAGAAGGUGUCGGCGAUCAUGGUUGCGAAUACAUGACUGGGGGAAUGGUGUUGAUUUUGGGAUUGACGGGAAGAAACUUUGCUGCCGGCAUGUCCGGAGGUAUCGCGUACGUUUUGGAUGUUGACGGAUCAUUCCGUUCCAAAGUCAAUCCUGGUAUGGUUGAGCUUUUGGGAUUGGAUACAGAUGAAGAUCGAGACACUGUAAGAUCUUUGAUGCAGGAAUUUGCCAAUGAAACGGGUUCAAUUAUUGCCCACGAUUUGUUGACUAGAUGGCCUGAGUCGUGUAACCGAUUUGUGAAGGUAUUCCCAUAUGAAUAUCAGAAAGUUUUAAAAGCCUUGAAAGAAGAACAGGUGGCUGUUCAGAAGGAUAUUAAAGCAAUAAGUAAUGGAACACCGAAGCACGAACCAAAGGUGAAGGAUAUUGAAGAAUCAAUUCAGGAUGCUGUUCUGGCCAAGAAGAAACUUGAUCUAGUGUUGGAUAAGACACGUGGCUUUAUUAAAUACAAACGCGAGACAUCGGUCUAUCGGAAUGCGGUUGAACGUCAAAAGGAUUGGAAGGAAGUUUACAACUUCCCUCAUGUCCGUAAAAAUCUAAAAAUGCAGGCGGCUCGUUGCAUGGAAUGUGGCGUGCCCUUCUGUCAGUCCAGUUCCCAUGGAUGUCCCCUAGGAAACAUAAUUCCUAAGUGGAACGAUUUGGUAUUCAAUGGCAGCUGGAAAGAAGCAAUUGCCCAGCUUCUUCAGACGAACAACUUCCCAGAAUUUACAGGACGAGUAUGCCCAGCUCCGUGCGAAGGAGCAUGCGUCUUGGGAAUUUCUGAGCCAGCGGUUACAAUCAAAAAUAUUGAAUGUACGAUCAUUGAUCAUGCAUUCGAGCAGGGAUGGAUCGUCCCACAGGUUCCAGAAGAACGAACCGGCAAACGUGUUGCAGUUAUUGGAUCCGGUCCAGCUGGUCUGGCCGCAGCACAGCAACUGAACAAAGCCGGCCAUUUGGUAACGGUUUAUGAGAGAAAUGAUCGCCCUGGCGGCCUUUUGCAGUAUGGAAUUCCAACAAUGAAAUUAUCGAAGGAAGUCGUUAAGCGUCGUAUUGAUUUGAUGGUAGCUGAGGGUGUCGAGUUCAAAUGCAAUGUACAUAUUGGAAAGGACGUAAUGGCAUCACAGUUGGAAAACGAAUUCGACGCUGUCUUGUUCACAACCGGUGCUACUUGGCCACGUGACUUGAACCUACCGAACCGUGACCUGAAGGGUAUUCACUUCGCCAUGGAAUUCCUAGAAGCUAGCCAGAAGAAGCUAAUCGGAUCGCGCCCGGAUUGGAUUUCGGCUGAAGGAAAGGAUGUACUUGUCAUCGGUGGGGGCGAUACGGGUUGUGAUUGCAUUGCAACAUCUUUGCGACAGGGAGCCAAGUCGAUUACUACGUUUGAAAUUCUACCAACACCACCGGAGAAGCGUGCCCUUGAUAACCCAUGGCCACAGUGGCCUAAGAUCUUCCGAGUCGACUACGGCCAUGAAGAGGUGCGAGUUAAAUGGGGUAACGACCCACGCCAAUACAGCACUACCACAAAGGAAUUUGUAAGCGAUGGUAACGAUCACAUCAAGGGAGUCAACACGAUACAAGUAGAGUGGACCCAAAGCCCAACCGGACAAUGGAGCAUGAAAGAGGUACCUGGAUCUGAAAAGUACUACCCAGCUGAUCUUAUCCUGCUAGCCAUGGGCUUCUUGGGCCCGGAGAAGCUUGCACCUACAGAGAUGAAACUUGAGCUUGAUGGAAGAGGUAACAUCAAAACUCCUGUUGGUAACUAUGGAACCGCCAAUCCCAAAGUAUUCGCCGCCGGUGAUUGUCGUCGCGGACAAUCGUUGGUGGUUUGGGCCAUUUCUGAAGGACGACAGGCAGCCCGUCAAAUUGAUGCCUAUCUUAUCGGUAAACCAAGUUCGUUGCCAGGUCCAGGUGGAGUCAUUGAUCUAGUGAGAUCAUCCUAAAUCUCCGUAUAACUACACACCAUAGAUGUUUAGUAAGAUUUUGACUAAUGACUAGUUGACGUCUAUUUCUAACGAUAGAUUCGGUAACGUUAGUUCCAGGUGAGGCAUUGAUCAAUCAAUCGAAGAAAAUAGUGACAGGUUUACAGACACAAAAAUGAACGUUUGAUACGUCCCAACGGUUCACAAUGAACCCUAAACAGAUUGAAAUAUGAACUACACAAAUCUAGUGAUUCUCAUGUAUUUCUGUUAUUUUCUCCUCCGUGCGAUAUUUUCAUCAUUUCACACAUUAACCUAUUAUUUACUGAAAAUCAUUCUUAGUUGUUAAUUUAAUUUUUAAGCAACUUUAUAAAAUUGCUUGUAUUAUUGUUAGACACCGAAAAACUGCUUAGUAACGAUCAAUAAAAGUUAUUUUUUUUAUUUUUUGUAACCACAACAACCAAAUUUUCAUAAUCAUUACUUUAAUAAGGACCCAUUUUGUUUUACACUGUGAUUAUAUAAUUUCGUUUAGAGAUAGCAAUGUUGCCAACUGUGAAGUGACAACCAAAAACCAGAAGAUGCAACGUAUCUGUGUUAUUAUUGUCAUUUUUACAAAACAUAAAAAAUAAGAAUCUUAAUCAUGUUGAUUAGUUUGCUAUUUGAGUUUAGCUACCGAAAAUACACUUAUACUGUUCCUUG